CAUAGCUGUAGGACAGAGGUAGUCACUGCCAUUCACUACUCAGCCUCUUAUUUAUUAUUAGCCGUCUUGGAUCUUGUCGCUGCUGUUUUUAUUUUUUUUUUCUCAGCGGCUGCGACUUUUGCUUUGCGCAACCAAGCAGGCUGUAUAUCUUUAGAUCUCAGGUAAAGGUGUGGAAAUACAGCAGAGAGGAGCGACCGAUUUCUGCUCGAUCGAAUGUGCUACUGUAGGUCAGGUAGGACUCAGCUGAUGGCCCUUUAAUUUCAAACCCACAAGCGUAGUUACACCGCGCGCUGAAAGCACUGCUCAGCUUCCCAAUGUUCAAGACGGCCAAUUACCCGGCGGUGGAUCCUGCGCCCACCAUCAUGCACGGUGCUUGGCUUACCACGGGGUGCCGAGAAAACACGCCCGUGGCGGUGGAGAAACCCAAGAAAAAGACGUUUAGCCUGGUUAAAAUAAUGUCUCUGAGCAACAAGAAGGCGCACGGCCAGCAUCCGCAGCACAACAACAAUAUACCUUUUACGAUCCACUGUCAGAUCGGGAAAGAAAUAAAGCACAUUUGCAGCAAUUGCAGCCGCGGGAACAACACACAGGACGCUGAGGAGGUUGACAGACUGUCCGCCAUGCGCUCUGAGUCCUUGGUCUCUGGUACCCACACUCCACCCAUCCGUCAUAGGAGCAAGUUUGCUACUCUGGGGAGACUCCUCAAACCCUGGAAAUGGAGGAAGAAGAAGAGUGAGAAGUUUAAGCAGACCUCUGCUGCUUUGGAACGGAAGAUGUCGCUGCGACAGAGCAGAGACGAGCUCAUCAAGAGAGGGGUGCUGAAGGAAAUCUUUGAAAAAGCAAACGUUGAAUUCCGGUCCUCAAUGGAUGGCAGCAUCUGCACUCAGGAGCCCUCUAUUAAGACAUCUAUGGUCCUGCCCACCAAGAAAUCUGUCACUUAUCCAGGCGACCAUCAGGAUACCCCUGCCAAGCCACCACUUUACCACAAACAGCCGCCUGCUCUCCCUCCAAAACCUUUCUCAAGGAUUCCAAACCAUAGCACAGAUUCUUGCCAGCCAAUGAAGUUGCCCUGCAUGCCUGGAGGAAAGCACUCUCCACCCUUGCCUCCGAAGAAAGUGAUGAUUUGUGUGCCUCCAGGGGGUCUGGACUCCUCCUCUCCGUCCCCUAACCCGCUCAGCACCCUCCCUCCAAAGUGUGUCCCUCAACAGGGCGUGCUGCCUCACCACGGCACCCUGCUGCCCUCUCAGCUCGCCGGGCUAUCUGGGUUUCACCAGAGCCACGGUCACCCGCUCCAGCUUCAGUAUGGCAGUCUGCACGCCCCAAGCCGCAUAAUCGAGGAGCUCAAUAAAACCCUGGCACUUUCCAUGCAGAGGUUUGAAAGCUCUGCUUUGCAUGGGGGUGUUCAGUGUGUUCCACUGGAUAGAAGAGAAGUGCCAUCAGUGAUCAUCGACUAUGAGGAUGACAAGGAAAACAUGCCCAAUGAGUCUGACUAUGAAGAUCUGCCCAGUAUGUACAAGGAUGAGGAGGAUGAUCUGGAUGAUGAUGAGGAUGAUGAUGAAGAUGAUGACUCUAUAUUUACAAGUUCCCUGGCUCAGAAGGUGCUAAGAAAAGAUUCCCUGGCCAUCAAGCUGAGUAACCGACCAUCCAAACGAGAGCUAGAAGAGAAAAACAUUCUGCCCAUGCAGACAGAUGAGGAGAGACUGGAGUCGAGGCAGCAAAUAGGCACCAAACUCACCAGACGCUUAAGUCAGAGACCUACAGCAGAGGAACUAGAACAAAGGAACAUCCUCAAACCCCGAAAUGAGCAGGAGGAAAUGGAGGAAAAAAGGGAGAUAAAACGAAGGCUGACACGAAAGCUGAGCCAGAGGCCCACUGUAGAGGAGCUGAGACAGGCCAAAAUACUCAUCAGGUUCAGUGAUUAUGUUGAGGUGUCAGACGCCCAGGACUAUGACAGACGAGCAGAUAAGCCCUGGACGAGACUCACAGCAGCUGAUAAGGCAGCUAUAAGGAAAGAACUCAAUGAUUUCAAGAGCAAUGAGAUGGAAGUGCACGAGUCAAGUCGCCAUUUAACCAGGUUUCACAGACCAUAGUAGACCACCACUGUCUCGAGCGGUGCCGGACCUGGCGUUCCGCUCCACUGAGAACCUUAAGUGCUGGACAGUAAAAUGGUGCCCGUUUCUACAAUAAGGCCAUGUCUUCUGAAAUGCCUUUCAGGACCCACAAAACUGAGUCAGUACUACACCACAAGAUGCAGACACCCACUGCUCCAUCCACUGUUGUAGCACAUAAUGACUCUAGUUAAUUAACAUUGCCCCAGUGAGGAAUUCGCUCAACUUUCAUUUAAACCUCUGCUGAGCUCCCAGGCCGGUGCUCAGUUCUGUGGUGACUGGACAGUGGAAGAGUCUUCAUUUGGAAUUGAUUGACACUUGCGGCAAAUCUACUUUGGUUCGUCAAUAACACCAGUGGACAUGUCUCAGUUCCCUUCAUUAUCCCGUCACCUUGGACAAGGAUGAAGAAUUGAUUGUUCUGAUCUCAUUAUAUCAGCAGAAGAUCCAUCUUCAAUGCACAUGCUGGGAUUUUGGAAAUGGUUAAGAGUGAGAGGAAGGAAGGAGGAAGGUCACGUGCAAUGUUUUUUUUUUUUUUUUUAUUCUUCUGCUUUUCAACAACUAUAGCACCCCCUGGAGUUUCCUUUGUGUCAAUACUUUGUAGUCCUGACUUCUGUCCUCAUCUGUGCAAUUCUGACUGUACCAGCAAUGCUGACAUCUAAAUUCUAACUGUGAAUUUGAGUUUGGGAAGUCCCUGCAUUCUCAAAAUGUACAUUUUGUUAAUACUGAAGAUGGAAAGUUGCAUUUAAAAAAAAAAAAAAAGGAAAAAAAAAAAAAAAAAAAGAUAAUGCUUAACCAAGUUUGAAUCAUUUCAGAGUCAUAUGCAUCUAAUAUAACAACUGCAGCUCUCAGAAAUGCUCUGGUUCCAGAGUGUGGAAAAUAUUAUGUUCAUAUUAAUCAUUCGGUUUGAAUUAUUUUUCAUUGAAGCAUUUUAGUCCUAAUUAAUUUACAUGCCUUUACACAUUCCAGCACCUAUAACGUUGUUGCUUUAACAGAAAAUAUCAAGAGAUGACUUUACUUCUUUGUCUCUUACCUUUUUGAGUGAAUAUUUUUUUCUUCCAGCGUAUGGGUAAUGAUCUUGGCAUUGAAUUACACACUUUACUUUUAUAGACGUCACUUGAGCUUUUGACAAAGCAAUACCCUUUGUUUGUCGAGAAAAGGCUCAACUGCAGGUAAAUUCCUACCACUGUUUUUUUUAUUUUAACUGUGCAUAUACACAAUGCCCGUACUUCAGGGUUAUGAGUUUAAUUAUUAUUUUAGAAAGGCUUUACUCCGGGGAACUUGUACCACAUUUUUUUUUUUCUCUUGACUGAGCCACCAAAAAAAUCUGCCUCUUCGACAGCUUUAACAACACGUUCUAUUGUGAUCUGAUGACACUAUCAUUGAGUAUGAUGCAUUCACAAUUGAAAAUGAUGGGCACAUUUUUUCAUAUGUUCUCUGAGUUAGCUUUUCUGAAUAUUUUUACUGCUUAAAUACUUUGCACUGUUAAGCUUUUUUUUCUCAAAUAUGUAAAUUAUUGUGGAAUGUCUGAGAUGUAAUCCUCUGACUGAUCCCCCAUCAGUAUUUUAAUGCUCAUACUUUAAGCUUUGUGUGCACAGAAUAUUUUUUAUCAUUUUUUACUGUAUUACUUUUAAAGUUGCAAAUGAAAUUCAGAUAAAGAAGUUUAGUUGAGAUAAAAGUAGAUGCUGUUGGCCAUCUACUGUAAUCAAUAUGUCUGCACAGGAGUGUAUGUUCUCCCUUAUUUUCAAGGUAUUUAUCAGUGAUAGACUUGGUGUUGGAUGACCCAGUAAAAUCAGGGAAUAAACAACAUAAAAUAGGUUUGCGCUGCAUGUUUUGUACGUGCUAAAAAUAUGGGUGUUGGUGUUUCAAUUGGUUUUUCAUUAAAAUCAUUACACUAAUCGUUCUAUUACUCCUUUUGGAAGAAUGGAUCUAAAUUUCAUUGGGCCAUCUCAUCACAGAUAUUUGGAGAUGUGAGGUGUUUUUUGUGUUAAAACCAACUGCUGCAGGAUUCAGGUUUGUUAUUUUUAAUCAUGAAUUCUGGAAAUUUAGAGACUAAUAGGAAUGAAUUUAUACAAAUGCAAUGAAUACAAUUUUCAGCUAUAAGUAAGAACCUAAGCCAGUAGACUGAGCAUGACAAUUUUUAUUUGGCUGAAAUAGAGGAACAUGAAUUCAAUAAUCUUUCCUUUCACAUACUGGCAAAGCACCUCAUAGUGGUCCAUUUGUUUCCCCUCAUUUUCUGAAAUGCAGAACAACCAUGUAAGGGACACAUGAUUUCAAAUAAAAUCCAUUUCUGAAUGCAUUUAAAACUUGUGUGCACAGUUUUUCCUUGGUCUUCAGUUUAUUGCACACUUCAGUGCAUCAUCAGUGUAAAUCACUGCACCUAAACUUGAACUCAUUUCCUAAAAGUAAUCCUAUGUGUGUGCAGUAAUGAUAAGUUGCUGUUGAGCUAUUUUGUUCUACUUACAGAAUACUGAGCCAACCUCCACCUUAUGUUGAGUAGGGGUGUAGAUUUAGAUGGUGUGGUAAAGGACAGAAUGGCUGAAUUGCCAGUCAGAAAAUUUGCUGCCACUCGUCUUUUUUUUUUUUAAAUCAUAUUUACACAAACUCCCCAUAAAAUACCCCUGUAUACUGUACAAUGGAGGAAAUUUGGAGUGAAAAAGCAGAUGAGGUAACACAAUAAGUAAAUCUUCCUGUGGAAGUUGGCUGCUGACGCUUUAUAGCCACUUUAAGCACCCGGCUGCUGAAUCUUAAGCACAAAUUCUUUGGCAAGCUAUCAUAUUGCUCUCUGAGGCUGUUCAACUAGCAACUUGUUAAGACUAAAAAGAAUGGACCCCAAUUAUGCUGCUGAAUGACAAUGAUACAACAAGGAUUCCAAGUGUUAUACAGAUGAGCCUCUGCUUUAGUAGUGAUGGACCCACUACUUAGGGAAAUGUAGUGGACCAAUCACUGAAAUGCCAAGAAAGGGAAAUAUCCAGGGACAUAAUGAUUACCAGAAGAAAUCUACUUAACUUAUGUUAGCUCAGAUAAGAAAUAGUAAAUUUACACUUAAAUUUAGAUAAUGACAAGUCAAGAAUAUUAAAAA